AUGAUGGAGCCUAAAGUCGAACAGGUAAAGGUCACAAGAGAUAUUUUAAUUGAUCUAGUUUUUGAGAAAUCAGCUCAAGAAAGGAAAUCUGGUCGACCCAAAUAUUUUAAAUGCGCCGGAGGUUCGAGAUCACCUACAGGAAACUGAGAAGAUAGUAGACCGAUUACUGGAAGAAUUGGCAGUGAGUAUUAGAACAACGCGGACUGAAGUUGCGUCUCCCAAAAUGUGGGUAUAUUUUUAGGUAUCAACAGAAUUUUAGUUUGGGGAAGCUGAAAGAUCUUGGGAAUGCUAAUCAGAAGCUGGACAAGCGACUUCAGAGCCAUAUCCAGAAGUUGAAGAAGAAUGAAGGGUCUUUGGUUGGGACUUCUGAUGUCCUCGAGUUUGAUUCUGCCAAAGGAAGAUCGGAUCGGCUUAUUGAAGUGAUUAAUGUAUGUUACCGUAUUCUUCUUUCGUUUUAUUUUUAGGCUAAAACCAUGUGGGAGUCGUCUCUGCGAGUUGUGGAUAUGAUGGGAGAAUCGGAACAGAACGAGCUUUUUGGAUAUCUUGUUAAUUUGCAGAAAUCCAAUCAGAUUCUGAAACGAGUAAGUAUGACUCGGCGAAAAAACGAUUUUUUGCAGUACGUUCCUUCGGAAGAGCGAGAUCACUUAUUGGAGACUCGAAAAGACCUUUUUUUGAGUUGGUUCUCAUCGGCAAUUCUAUUUGCGAUCGACUCAAAUGACAUCAAAUUGCUUCAGAAUCUAAAGGAAAAGUUUGAUGCAUUAGAUCGGACUGAAGGUAAUCCGUUUCUCAUCCGUAAUUACUGGUUUAGAUUAUAAAAAGACAUUUGGUGCGUUUAUUACAAAUACAAUUUGUACAUUUAUCGAGGAGAACAAAGAAGAUUUGACAUUGAUAAAGUUGCUUGACGAGUCGUUUAAUUUAUGGAAGAAGGCCAGCAGGUAUAUAUAUAAUCGCUUGCCUGAUUUUCGCCUUUAGAACGGCGUCACAUCUAUUUGGCGAAGAUGGAUCUCGGUUUGUAGCACUAAGUUUUUAUGAGGGUAUCACAUCAAAAGACAAUAUAAUUAAAGGGAUUAUCAACAGAAUGGUAAUGGAAUCAGAAGAUACAUUUUCGACAGCCAGACAGCUUUCCACGGUAUGUUUUGAUGAUUGAGUUUAUUUUUGUUUUAGUUGAGAAAAGAUUUCGGCGGCUAUGUAAAAGCUGAAGGCGAUGACGCCGUUUUCAGUGUGAUUAACACCUUCUGCGAUGAUUUAUAUGAGAUUAUCAGCGAUGACCUUUCUAAACACGUGAAGUCUCAAUUGAUGGUGAAAGUCAAUGAAAUUUUGCAGGUAAAAUGGAUUAAAAUAACUAAUUUUGUAUUAGACCUUUAAUCAGAAGGCCCACAAGAGUCACCAAUGGAUUCUCCCUCUUCUUGAAGGAAUCCAUUCUUUAAUGAGGGAUCUAAUUACGGAAGCCGCGGACAUCUUCGGAUCCAAGUUCUCCAAAUUUAUUGUCCCCACUUUUGAGAAUGCGAUUGACCAGAUAUACUCGAUAUUCAAAAAGUCUGAUAUACUAGGUCUGAAAAUUCCAAAAAGUAACGUUAAUUUUACGUUGGAUGAAGUGAAUGACAAACUGAUAUGCAUGUGCACUGUGGGGUAUAUUUUGAACAUGAUUGAUGACAUGAACUCUUUUAUUCAUGAUGUGUAUAAUUCGAAUAAGGAUGCUAACGGUAAGUAAUCAGAAAAUGUCGGGCAGUGUUGUUGUAGAUCCAAAAGAACCAUACGUCAUUAGAAAUCGACAAUUAAUGGAGAAGUACUCGAGAAAGGUUGUUCAGAGCAAGGUCGGCGAUCUCAGCAAGUUCUUGAUCUACCCGAUGACGGAUGAAAUGAACAAACUGGUAGGCUCUGUUUGGUGCGAUUUUUUAUAUCAUAAAUCCUGUGAAUAUACGAUUUUUAGAAGACGGAGAUGGGCACUGCCGAUUCAAAAGUCUCUCUUCCUACCUUCUCAAUUACACCUCACAAUUACAUAACUACAGUAGGGCACGGUCUCCUAAGUCAAGUAAAUAAUAUCGCGGCUUACAAUAAUGACAGGAACUUUAAGACUGCUGUGGAAGUAGCCUCGGGGGAUGAAUAUAAUGGUUAGUCUAAGAUUUAUUAGUUCAUAUCUGUUUAGAGGACGAAUGUGAUCUGUGGGUUCUGAAGGCAAUUGUGAUCUUAUUGAUGGAAAGUUUCUGCAAUAAUGUUGGAGAUCCUGUCAAGUUGUCCCUACCUUUACUACGACAGUUCAAUGCGGAUGUCGGUAUGUUAUUUUGUUUUCGUUGUUCUAACAGGAAAUUCAAAAUUUAUGACGCGUGUUUUUAGUCUUUCUGCUUGAGGCGUUGGAAGAUCUACGCCUACAACCGUCGGAUAAUCUUACCAGUCUGGCUGAUAAGAUCAAUCAACUAGCUGUGAAAAAGUAA